GCUUCCGCGAUACUGGAAGGAGCAGGACAUUGUAAACAUCGGUGGUGUGUGUGCUCAGACAGACGGGACGUCAACGGACUUUGUGAUGUUGGUGAUAACAAACGUGUGUGUUACUUUGGUGCAUUGACUUAAUGUUGCUGAAUACAGUGUCAUCAUGUCUGUCGUGUGUCAGAAUGAGCGAGGAUGGGUUUUGAAUGCAUGCUCACUCAUUGAUCUGGGUCACUCGCGAUGCAUUCAAUGGAGAGAGGCUAAAAAGUCACAUUUUAAGUGUUGUUUUAAACGCCAGUGCUUUCAGCUUUUAAAAAGUCAUUUUAGUGUAAAUGCCAGUGCUGCUGAUGAUGGACACACGACUGCGCUGCCAAAGAGUGACCUGCUCUGCAAACUAUCAAAGCAGAAGAGGAAACGAAAACACAGUGAUUUCAACCAGGGGGAGAUUGAUUCACGGGCCUACCAUGAGAAGAUCAGGCCUGUCAUUCUGGAGGGAACCAAGUCCUUGCUGGACGCUGUCCGGUCCCUCGCAUAUCUGACCGGUGUGACAGACGCAGUGGAGGAGCCGCUUCCUACCCAGGAGUGCAACCUCGCCGCCCUGUGUGAAAUGGCUAAAGAGCUUCCUCUAGUGGACGAAGCCGACCAGGAAGCCCACGUCCAGUCGCUCGGUGCAGAAGGAGGCCGUGCGUCACACCUGGACCUGUUCUGUCGAAUAACGGAGAACAGCGCAGACUCUGGCAUGCUGGUUACCCUGAUGGGAGAUGAAUAUGUCAUACCGCCUCGUACAGCCUUUCUGCUCUCUGAUUUCACCAGAAUACAACCACUCGUCCACUGUGGACGGAGGUUUGAGCUAAUAGUUAUGGAUCCACCGUGGGAAAACAAGUCUCUGAAAAGGAGUCGCAGAUACAGCUCUCUGCCCUCCUCCCAGCUGAAACGUCUUCCCAUCCCUUCCCUGGCGUCCCCGGGCUGUCUGGUGGUCACCUGGGUUACAAACCGGCCCAGCCAUCUGCGUUUUGUCCGUGACGAGCUCUAUCCUCACUGGGGAGUCGAGGUCCUGGCCGAGUGGUUCUGGGUCAAGGUCACCACGUCGGGACAGUUUGUGUUUCCCCUGGAUUCCCAGCACAAGAAACCAUAUGAAGUGAUGGUUUUAGGAAGAUAUCGCUCCCCAAUGUGUGAAAAUAGCUCUUCAGGGACGUCGGAGACCCCUGUGGAGGAUCAGCGUGUGAUUGUCAGCGUCCCAUCUGCUCUCCACUCCCAUAAGCCCUCACUGGCAGAGGUGUUGAAGCCAUACGUCAGAGCUGAAGCCAAGUGCUUGGAGCUUUUUGCCCGAAGCCUGCAACCGGGAUGGACCAGCUGGGGAAAUGAAGUGCUCAAAUUUCAGCACGUUAGCUAUUUCACCGUAACCCCCACAAACGAUCCCACAGACAUUCCUGAAGGCGAGACCGCAGGCAGCUGCACUGACAAGCCCACAGACACACCAGUAUCCAGAAACCCCUCUUCUCCCAGUCACUCUCCUCCCACGGUGGACUAAUGAGUGCUGCUUAACAGUCCCUCAUCAACACUUGUCACAUCAGUAGCACAAUUUGUUUUUAUAAAGUUUAUGAAGCUGAAAUAUUGUCCUGUUCAUUUUCUUUGAUCUGUUCUUCCCAAGCUUUAGGGACCCUUGAUAACUUUUUUCUGGGUUUUAGUACAUUUCGGGGGUAGUGAAUCACACGCCUGAUGAUGCUGCCGGAAAGAUGAAAGUGCAUUUCUGUGGAGCUUAGAUCAAGAGUGUGUUUUGAACCUAAGGUCCCAUGUUGUGAUCAGGAAAAAAAAAAACACUCGCAAAUAUUUUUUUUUUCCUUCUGUGCAUACUUUGGCACAAUGUCUUGAUGAUCAAAGGACUUCUUUUUUGGCACAUUUUAAUGCUGUUUUGAAAUGUAUUGCCAUAUUAAAUUUCUAUCAAUACAAAUGGUUCUCA